CCAUAAAAACUCAUUGCUGCACCCCAAAACCAGGGGCUCUUAUUGGCACUCAGAUCAGGCAAUCAUUAACAAGUGUAAACAAAACUACCCACGUGCCACACCUGUAGAUCAAAGUCCGUAGGUCUAUCACAACAUUCUCACGACGACAGGCAAAGCCAGUAGCUAAAGAAAAGGGGCCAGCCUGCUACAUGUAUGAAACCAGCGCUGGAUUUUAUGUAAAACUGCUUUAAACGCUUCGUAAAGAUGUUGGAGCUGUUGACGAGGCUUGUCCUUCUAGCGGGAUGUAUUGGGACUGCACGUUGUGAAGCUACCGGCUCCCCGCUGCCACCUGUUGGUCAUUUCUACGUCAAGAACGAGAGGGGGGACAAAUGUCUCCUGUUGGACAUCUCCGCCACUUUUCACGUCGAGUACCUAAAAACAGACAACACUACGGACACGGUCUCGUACCCUCUGCCCAACAAUAGCUACGUCACUGGAAUAUGCGCCCAUGGAUUUCACGAGCAGACAGCCGUCAUGAACAUCAGCUUUCACGACACAUCUCCACAUAUGGGACAUUUCGGCAUGAACCUUACAUUCUCCAGAAACUUCCCCUUGAUGACACAUUUUUGGCUUUCGGAGGUCUCCAUCUACUACCAGCUGAUACCGGCCCUGUUCCCAGACGCGUUGGACUUGAACAAGACCCUCAUCUCCACCGUCUCAGGGAUUCAGGCGAUCAAGACGUCUUCUAACGCCGUGGCCCCUCAUUCAUACCUAUGUAAGAGGGAACAGGAGUUGUUUCGAAGCCAUGCUAACGAUUUUAAUGUUCCGCUUAGCGCCAACUUAACUGUUUACAACAUCCAGGCCCAACCGUUCGAGGUGAACGACCAAGGCACGUUCUCGCUCCCAGAAGAGUGUGCCCAAGACUAUCAGCCAACGACGAACCCCCCUCCACCAACUACAACCCCCUUUCAUGAUGUAACCCCGUCCUUAGUCUUUCCCGUUGGAUAUUUUUCUUUGAAUGACUCUAGAGGCCAAGUGUGCCUGUUGGCAAAUAUGGGCGUCUUGUUUCGUGUCGAAUACCGCACAGACAACGGCAAGAGCAGAAACGCCACCUACGUCCUUCCUGCGAACUGCAGCGUGGGCGGGUCUUGUGGGGACGACCAGGCGACCUUGACUUUGAUGUUCACCGACACCUUUAACCUCAGUUUAUCCUUUUAUUCCGACGGGAAAAGGUUUAUUUUGAAUAGCCUCGUGGUUGGUUACCAACGCAACGCACGGUUCUUUCCCGGCGCCGACGACCCGAACACGUCUGACAUCCAGGUAGCGAACGACUUGUCCCUCUUCGAUACCCAGCUGGGAAAAUCGUACAGGUGCUCCUCCCAGCGGAAUUUCACGGUAGGACAAAGUGUGGUGCUAGAAAUACUCGAACUGCACGUCCAACCGUUCGGCGUGAAGGAUGGCCAGUUCAGCGAUGCGGUAAGAUGUCCCCAAGACUUGCUCACCACAAUAUACCCCGUUCUGAACGCCACAACAACGUUACCAGCCACCACAGUGCAAACGACCGGUGUGACGGACACCAUUGCCCCUGCAUCAACUAUUCUCCCCUCAUCUACCCCAUACACGCCCACAACGCCUCCUCACAAGCCCUCAAAACCCCUGCAGGGCCACUACUUUGUUAAGAACUCUACAGGACAGAUUUGCCUGCUAGCUAACAUGGGCGUGCAGUUUAUUGUCAAAUAUGUAAGGCAGGAUAGCAAUGUAGGAGAAGGCGUCUUUAACGUUCCUGUAACCGCCGCAGCCUCAGGAGCGUGUACGGAUAGUAUGUCUUCCCUGACUCUAAAGUUUUAUGGCGAUACGUUCUAUGUAACCUUUACCUUUUCCCAAUCAAGCGAGAAGCGCGGUGGUCGGUACCGGCUAGCUAGUGCGGAGCUGUCCUACACAGAACUACCGGUCAUCUUUCCGAAGACGAUAGCACCGAACCAACACCGCCGGGUAGAGAACAUGACCCUGAACGUCUUCUCCACAGAUGUGAGCAAAUCCUACAAGUGUCUGCCAGACGUCAACGUAACGGUCACUAAAGAAGUCACCAUGCUGGUGCGCCAAGUUCAGCUUCAGCCGUUUCACGUCGACAAGUCGGGCAAAUUCUUCACAGCAGAAGACUGUGCACAGACUAGUUCAGAAUCUAUCAUACUCAUUGUGAUGUUAGCUUCAACUCUGCCAGCUACCGCUCUGAUCAUUGCGAUGAUCAGCUGCAUUUGUUGGAGGAGAAGAAGUAGAGGGACAGCGGCAGAUCUAGAAAAGGAACCUCUCAUCAAGAACUUCAUUGAAUGACACAAACUUCAAUUUGAUUCCUUCCACUGUAAUUUUUGAAGGAGAACUUUUGCCUUUUUUGUAUAUUGAAGUGAGAAAAGAGUUGUGCACUAUAACAGCUCUGUUAGUUCUAACAAUAUGUAAAUGAUAGGAGUAAGAACUUAAUAGAUUACAUUGU